AUUGCUUGGUUUUGACCCGGACGGUGGCCGGCGGAGGACAAGAGGUUUGCUGAGCGGAGCAAAGGUAUUGCAGCGUGUGGGACGCAGCUGUUGUGCCUAGGAGUGUUGGAGAGCCGCGGGGCUGCAGGGUCAUGGCGGUGGCCUCUGCGGUGUCCGUGCUGCUGGUGGCGGCGGAAAGGAACCAGUGGCAGCGUUUCCCGAGCCUGCUGCCGCCACCGAGGACAUGGGCUUGGAAGCAAAGAACCAUGAAGUAUACAACAACCACAGGACGAAACAUUACCAAGGUCCUCAUUGCCAACAGAGGAGAAAUUGCCUGCAGGGUGAUGCGAACAGCCAAAAGAAUGGGUGUACAGUCUGUGGCUGUUUAUAGCGAGGCUGACAGGAAUUCCAUGCAUGUGGACAUGGCAGACGAAGCGUAUUUCAUUGGUCCUGCUCCCUCUCAGCAGAGCUACCUUUCUAUGGAGAAAAUCAUUCAAGUGGCCAAGAUCUCUGCUGCCCAGGCUAUCCAUCCAGGAUAUGGUUUUCUUUCAGAAAAUAUGGAAUUUGCCGAACUAUGUAAGCAAGAAGGAAUUAUUUUUGUAGGUCCUCCUUCAUCUGCAAUUAGAGACAUGGGAAUAAAGAGCACAUCCAAAUCCAUAAUGGCUGCUGCUGGAGUACCUGUUGUGGAAGGUUAUCAUGGUGAGGACCAAUCAGACCAAUGCCUGAAAGAGCAAGCUGCGAGAAUCGGUUAUCCCGUCAUGAUUAAAGCAGUCCGUGGUGGAGGAGGAAAAGGUAUGAGGAUUGCCAGAUUCGAAAAAGAAUUUCAAGAGCAGUUAGAAUCAGCACGGAGGGAAGCUAAGAAGUCUUUCAAUGAUGAUGCUAUGCUGAUUGAGAAGUUUGUGGACACGCCACGGCACGUGGAAGUCCAGGUGUUCGGCGAUCACUAUGGCAAUGCUGUGUACUUGUUUGAAAGAGACUGCAGUGUACAGAGGAGACACCAGAAGAUCAUUGAGGAAGCUCCAGGGCCUGGUAUUAAACCUGAAGUAAGAAAAAAGCUUGGAGAAGCUGCAGUCAGAGCUGCUAAAGCUGUAAAUUAUGUCGGAGCAGGAACUGUGGAGUUUAUUAUGGACUCAAAGCACAAUUUCUACUUCAUGGAGAUGAAUACAAGGCUGCAAGUGGAACAUCCUGUUACUGAGAUGAUCACAGGAACUGACUUGGUGGAGUGGCAGCUUAAGAUUGCAGCAGGAGAGAAGAUUCCUUUGAGCCAGGAAGAAAUAACUCUGCAGGGCCAUGCAUUUGAAGCUAGAAUAUAUGCAGAAGAUCCUCACAAUAACUUCAUGCCAGGAGCUGGACCAUUAGUGCAUCUCUCUAUCCCUCAAGAGGACCUUUCCACUAGGAUUGAAACUGGAGUACGGCAAGGAGAUGAAGUGUCAGUGCAUUAUGACCCGAUGAUUGCAAAGCUGGUCGUGUGGGCUGCAGAUCGCCAGGCGGCCUUGACAAAACUGAGGUACAGCCUUCGUCAGUACCACAUCGUCGGCCUGCACACCAACAUUGACUUCCUCCUCCGCCUGUCUGGCCACCCGGAGUUUGUAGCUGGGAACGUGCACACUGAUUUCAUCCCUCAACACCGUGAAGCAUUGUUGCCCAGUCGGAAGGCUGUAGCCAAAGAGUUUUUAUGCCAGGCAGCUCUGGGUCUCAUCCUCAAGGAGAAAGCGAUGUCUGAUGUUUUCAAAAUUCAGACACAAGAUCAAUAUUCUCCUUUUGCAUCCAGCAGUGGAAGAAGACUGAAUAUCUCUUACACCAGAAACAUGACUCUUAGGGACGGUAAAAACAAUGUAGCCAUAGCUGUAACAUAUAACCAUGAUGGGUCAUAUAGCAUGCAGAUUGAAGAUAAAAUUUUCCAAGUCCUUGGUGAUCUUUACAGUGAAGGAGAUUGCACUUACCUGAAAUGUUCUAUUAAUGGAGUUGCUAGUAAAGCUAAGCUAAUUGUCCUGGAGAACACAAUUUACCUAUUUUCCAUGGAAGGAACUGUUCAGAUUGACAUUCCAGUCCCCAAAUACUUGUCUUCAGUGACUUCAGAAGGAACUCAGGGAGGUGCCAUAGCUCCUAUGGCUGGAACCAUUGAGAAGGUGUUUGUGAAAGCUGGAGACAAAGUAAAAGCUGGAGAUUCUCUAAUGGUUAUGAUCGCCAUGAAAAUGGAGCAUACCAUAAAGGCUCCAAAGGAUGGCACGAUCAAGAAAGUGUUCUACAAAGAAGGUUCUCAGGCCAACAGACAUGCUCCUUUAGUCGAGUUUGAGAAAGAGGAAUCUGACAAAAGUGAAGUAGAAUGAACUGCAUCAAAGAAAUAGCCAAUAAAGCAAUCUUAAGUAUAGUAUCUCUACACCAAAAAGAGAAAGUGCCUUCCUGCUUUUCUUGGGGUCUGAUAAACAGCAAUUUUACUAAAUGAUUGCGUGAUUAUGUUAAAACCCUUUCAUAUUUGAGAAUCAUGCACUUGGGUCAUAAAUACAAUAAAUUGUCUCAAUAUUUCAUACUAAUAAAAUUGAAUUAUACUUUUUUAUUGGAAG